CCGUGCGCUUAAACAGUAUAGGUGGCACCAUCAAAACCCACAAACAGUGGACCAAGUAUUGGACUGACAAAAAAAGCGCCAUUAAAAAAAAAGUUGCAGCACGCUCUGCUGCUAGGCGUAGGACUGGUGGUGGGGUGGAGGACGAAAUGAUGCUAACUGAGGUUGAGGAAAGGAUUGUUGCUUUGUGUGGUGGUGAAAGCUUUUCCACAGGAGAUGCACAUUUAGGCAUUCAGCCGUUUCCGGAAAAUGAUACGCCGUCUCCAUCACCCGAAGCACAACCUAUAUACAAUACUAAUGAUGACAACAUUAAUGUACCACAACAACAGCAGAGUCAGGCACGGCCUACUGAGGAAUCAGCAGCUAUUGUAUUUUAUGAUUCCGCCCUGAUUGAGGACAGUCCAGCACCUCGAAAUUACAGACCACCAGCUAGUGCAAUUUCGAGAAAACUGUUUGCUUCCUCAUCCAGCUCCAUUGUUGGAACUAGCCAAAGCAUUUUACGGAAUAACCAGUUAGACAACACUCCUCCUCCAAAUCCUCAUGUUUAUCAUCCCAGCCUGUCCCCUCCUACUGUAACACUUUCCCAUACGCCCACACCUUCACCUUCACGCCGUGGUUCCACCCCAGUAGCCUCCCCAGUCAUUCCAAGAACUGCGGCUUCAUCAUUUUCACGUCACACAGCUUCAGUGGCUUCACCUUCUCGGCGCUCUAGGACAGUUCGUGGUAGUCGAGGUGGUUCUGUGUCACGUCACACGUCUUCAGUUGCUGCUCUUCCACCAUCACAACGGCGAACGGAAUUCUCCUCCAUGACUGAGAGAUUCCUGAGGUUGGAAGAACAGCAGCUGGAGAUACAAAGAUUGAAUACGCAGAUCAUGCAGUCCUUUCUGGAGAGGAGUGCAGAGAGGGACAGAAUUUUUGCUGAAGCUGUAGCUGCAGUCGGUCAAGGGCUGCAAGCAUUGGCAGAGGCCGUCAACAGAGAUAGGAAUUCUCCUCCAUGACUGAGAGAUUCCUGAGGUUGGAAGAACAGCAGCUGGAGAUACAAAGAUUGAAUACGCAGAUCAUGCAGUCCUUUCUGGAGAGGAGUGCAGAGAGGGACAGAAUUUUUAGAUUAAAGUUGUCUCAAAAGGGAUUCAGCGUUUGGCUUCGGCCUAAACUAAACUUCGAGGUCCUAAACUAGGUAAAUUGUUAUAGGUGGUUGAACAAUAAAUAAGCUAAUUUACAUAA